AUGGAAGAUUACAACAGAUCAAAAUCGUAUUCUUAUUCUCAUGGGAAUGAUAUGAUGCAGAUGGAGAGUUAUCAUGGUCCACAAAGGCCACCAACUUCUUCUUAUGAGCUCAGGUCCUAUAGCACUUCCUACGCUCAGACUCAGGUGGCCAACGGCAACUAUAACACCAACAAUUUCGGCAACAACAGGGACUUUAAGGCUAAGAAAGGAAAGGGCUAUACUGGUUCAUCUUCUUCGAAGUCUUGGAGCUUUGAUGAUCCUGAGUUUCAAAGGAAGAAGAGGGUUGCUAGCUAUAAAAUGUAUAGUGUUGAAGGUAAAGUGAAAGGGACUUUCAGGAAGAGCUUCAGGUGGAUUAAAGAUAGGUGCACACAAGUGAUGUAUGGAUGGUGGUGA